CCGAUUGGGCAGUUACCCUUAUUUUGAAAGCGGAAAAUGGAGCGGGAAAGCGUGAUGCAGACGAGGUUACCUGCACGUAUCCCGCAGGGAAGUGUUGCUACGUAGUCAGGGGUAAUGGUUUGUUGGAGGUACUCUAGAACGUUCUUGGCGAGGGUCCGGUCCCUUCCCCAUUACUUCCCAAGCCAAGAUGACCACAGCGGUAUCCGCGUAAGAGAAAACUUCGUCAUGUAGUAUCAAGCGCGCCAUUUUGGUCGCGAAGAGACUGUUUUGAUGCAACCAAGCUCUUUUUGUCUUCUAAGAAAAAAAUUAAAGAAUGAUUAGAUACCUAAACAAGAAUGGUUUUAGUUAAGAGGAGAUGACUUGCAUCUUAGAUGACGAUGAAGCAGACAUCGAAGCAGAAAUUCAGCGGGAACUGGAAGCUCUUGGGGAUGACAGUUUGCAGAUUGAAGAUGUGGAAGACAACACCUCAACUAGCACUGUGAAAACAGACCAUUCUCAGGAGAAUGCUCUACCAGAUUCAAUUCAGGAAUAUUUGAGACUCUUGCAGUCAAGAACAGAAGGUGCUGAGGAGGAAGUGAAAGAAUGUGAAAUUAUCCUGGAAAAAUUACCUUCAGAGAGCCUGGUGAAAGAAGAUGCAGCUUUGCUUUCACAGAGAAUAAAGGAAGAACUUGGUGAAGAAUACAAAGAAAAUCCACUUGCUCUGAGAGAUCAGGUUUUCGCAGAGCUUGAGGAAACAGAGCUGAGAGAAGAAAGGGAAAAAUUAGCCAAAGAAAACACCAAUGAAGAAGACAAUCAGUAUGCCUUGGAUAUCAUCAGACCAGGAAUUAUAGAAGAAAUCCAAGCCCUAGAGGAAACUGCUCGACAACAGUUGAAGGAUUUAGAAGAAAAACAAGCAGAAAAAAGUCAAAAGAGAGACGAGUGGUACCAGGAGAGAAGGCGAGAAGAGGAGGCAAGACGUGCAAGAGAAAAAGAGGCUCGUCUUCAGAGACAGGUGCAAUUUGAGGCUGCACAGAAGAAAUUACUCCAGGAACAAAAGGCUCUUCAAUCUAAACUUGAGGCAGAGGCAAAGGAAGAAGAAAAGAAAUUACAACAAAUAGAGGAACAAUUCCAGGUUGAGAUAAGGGCAUUAGAAGAAGAAAGAAAGAAGCAGAAUGAGGCAUUUGUUGAGACACAGCGAAAAGAGGCAGAAUAUCAACAUCAGAAAAAAGAAGUUGCAGCAACCAAACUACAAAAGUUCUACCGAGGCUUCAGGAUUAGAAAACAGUAUCAACCAUUGCUGGAAGCUAAGAAGUUGGAGAGAAUAAAAAGGACAAAUGAGGAACUGGAUCGCAUUGAACGAGUUGAAAGAAAAUUGAGAGAGGAAGCAGAGAAAAAGAAGCUUGAAAAUGAAAAGAAGAGGAAAGAGGAAAAUGAGAAAAGGAGGAGAGAAGAGGAAGAAAGAAAGAAACAAGAGGCAGCUGAGAAGGAAAGAAAAUUGAAGGAUGAACAACAAAUCAGAGAGCAGGAAAAGAGACAGACAGAAGAGAAAAAGAGAAUUGAGGAAGAGAAAAGAAAACAGGAAGAGGUGAGAAGGAAAAGGGAAGAAGAAGACAAACGAAGAGAAGCAGAAGAACUACAACGAAAAAUGGAAGAGGAAAAGAGACGAGUAGAAGAGGAAAAUAGGAAGAGAGAAGAAGAAAGAAGAGAAAAGGAGUUGGAAGAAAAAAAGAAAGAAGAAGAAGAGAGAAAAAGAAGAGAAGAGGAAGAAAAACAGAAAGAAGAACAAAGAAGAAGGAAAGAUGAAGAGAAGAGAAUGAAAGAAGAGAAAGAAAGAUUAGAAAUCGAGAAGAGGAGAGCUGAAGAAGACAGAAAACAAAAAGGAAAGGAAUUACAAAAAAGAGAGAAAUCUAAAAUUGAUGCUGAAAUGAAUACUACACAAAAUAAAUCAAGUCCACCAGAGCAGACGGAGACAUCAGUGGAGCAAGAUGAGAGUAAGACAGAAAAUAACACAGAAGCACUGGAACAGAAAGUGGGUGGCUUGGCAUUGACAAAAGAUCUAGAGGAAAGACGACUACAGUGGAUCAAAGAACACACUCCUUGGAGCACAACAUCCACUGUAGAGGAGAGAAUUCAUCCUGUAGCAACAAAGUCUAGACCAAGGAGAGUGUUUUCAGCUAGUAAGCAUCUUCCCAUUUUAACAGAGGAACAGCUGUUGAUGUCCUCGCCUCCUAACAUACCUCUCUUCAGGGUGAAGUACAUUGCUCUAAGAGACAUUCCAAGCUGUAGUAUGCAAAAUCUUAGUCAGUGUCCAGAUGUGAGGUCACUGAUGCUUCAGCACUGUGGAUUACUGGCUGUCGAAGGUUUGGACAAGUGUAAGGAAUUACAGGAACUUCAUGUGAAGGACAACAAGAUUGAAGCAAUCAACUGCAAAGAUCUUCCAAAGCUGGAAACAAUUUCUCUAGCUAACAAUAAUUUAGCAUCCAUCCAUGGUUUAGAAGGAUGUAAUUCUGUGGUGUCUUUGGACUUAUCAAAUAACAAGAUCACAAGGAUAGGAGAUUUGACACCUUGUAGCAAACUGCAGCAAUUGUUCAUGGACAAUAAUCAACUUAUUAACUCCAAGGGUUUGUCUUGUCUCAGAAAUCUACAACACCUAAGUCUUGCGCAUAAUCACUUGGCUCGCAUUACUGAGAUUGAAAACUGUAUGCUGCUGCAGACGUUGAACCUUCAGGCAAAUAAUUUGCAAGAACCUCCUCACCUUGUAAAUACAGUCCUCUUGAGAGAGUUGAAACUUGACGACAACAGCAUUGCUUCCAUGGAGCCCCUGUCAAAAGCAUGGCUGCCUUUGCUCCAGACUCUCAGUGUUAGCCAGAACAGCAUUUUUCAGUUAGCACCUCUUGGUAAUUUUAUCAUGCUGGAGACUUUGGAUAUCAGCAACAACCUAAUAUCAGACACAGACAGUCUUGUACCUGGUCUGCAAGGCUGUAACAGACUUAGAACACUGAAGGUUGAAGGGAAUCCUGUGUAUGAAGAUCCUAACUGUAGGGCUUUGAUACUAGAGGCCUUACCAGACCUUCGGAACUUAGAUGACGAGGUUAUGCACGUGGAAAGCAAGGUCACAGAUAAAAAUCAAGUUCUUUUUAUUGCCAUGUGCCAGAGACAACUCCAAUCUCAAGAUGCCUUAAGUGCAAGGCAUGAAAAGGAAGUUAGCAGUGUGGAAACACAAGGAAGAGAUCCGGAGCGUGUUUUAACAAGACUUAGUUUAUUGAGUCAACACAACCAAGAACGCUUUCAACUGGCGGUGAAACAUCUGCUAGAACAUGAGAAUUUCAGCCCAGAUAGUCUGCAUCAUGUAGUCAAGGAAGAGAGAUCUCGAGACGUCAACACAACUGAGCAAAAGACAACUGAAUCACGCGUGAACCAGGACAUCGAACAAAGAAGAAGAGAUUCUCUGGAUCCUCUGAAAGAACGGCACGUUGCUGCAACCAAGAUACAGGCACUGUGGAGAGGAUGGUAUAUCAGACAUUUGAUUGAUGUCAACACCGCCAAGUGGUUUGCAGCUGUGACCAUUCAGGCAGCAUGGCGGGGCUACAUAGUUCGUUCCCAACUGCAACGACAACCUGUAGAGCCGUGGGAUCCACAGCGAAAUUCAGCAGCUACUGUAAUACAGGCACAUUUCCGUGGCCAGAGAGUUCGCCGCCGUCUGAACGAAGCUCUGAGAGCAGCUCAGUUCUACGAUGACGAGGGGGAGGAAGAGUUUGAUUACGACGAAGAAGUGGACCUGACGGCGUUUGAUUUUGACGAGAGCGCCUUGGAACAAGGAUGGACUCCCAGUGAAACUCCACAGCUACCCUCAAGGGGACCGGUGUUAAAGCUACCCGGGGAGUCGUCAAAGACAUUCCUCCAAAAGAAUUCCAAAACCGAUUACCAAAGAGAUGUCUCAAACGAAUCUACGGCACCAAGACCCCGCCAUGCCUGGCGUUCAGCAGAUUCGCCGAUCACCGAUGUCAAUCAACUACCUGUCGGCAAGGCAACCAUAGAUCACGAUCAGACGUCGAUGACGUCAGGAGUGCAAAGUCACGUGUCGCAUCGAGCGGAGGAGCUGACCAACGAAUGGGGUUUCAGAAGUUCUGAGACUGCAGAGCUUAUGAUGAGAAGAGCGAAGAAGAUGAAAUAUAAUCCCGCGAGAAGAAAAAAGCUUCUAGAUCCCAACAAACGGCUGGCGCUAUUCAAGAAGCUGGAGGAGACUAAUAAGUUACGGGAUGUAAAGCCACCGCCCACCAGAAGACAGCCGCCAAACAGAGUGGAUUACUUUGCUGCUCGUGAAGCCAUGGCAAGUCAUCUGGGUUCUACAUCACCGGCCACUGAACAACACAACAGAGAACAAAUGACGUACAGCUGGGUUUACAAACAAGCUGUUGUACACGAGGAUGAAGAGAAGAACAUCAUGGCUGACCGCAAGGAAUACUCGCCGGAUAACAGGACCAAGAAAACCUCGCCACACAAAAGUAAUCGUUCUCCAGUCAGUCUGCCGCACAUGGACCCUGCGGUGCUGUCCGGUCGCACCCUCCCUCUCAUAUCGAGUCCACACUUCUCUCAAUCUCUGGAACAAACAUCAUCUGCAGGACCUUCUCCAAGGAGAAAUUCUUUAUCUUCAGAGCGUCGCGUGCGAUUUCCCGCCAUCAAAACUCAUUCCGUGCCCAACCUCCUAGCCAGGUCCUCGGCCAGUGGAGAACAGCCAAUAAAAACAGAGAAGAGCAACAGUGCUGGGGCGAGAAUCAACAGAGACUCAAGAAACAAGAGAUGACGGCAAUCCUUACUGAAAGCUCAUCGUUUACAAGAUUCCUUACAGUUUGUUCAUCCUGUGCGUUAGACGUAAUUCCAACACGAGCAAGCUCAAAGCUACUGUAUAAACAGAAAAGAAGAUAGCAGGCGAAAAGCUCUGUGGACUCUCUCAAUAUUUAAAUAAAUAAGACGAAGAGUUUUUCUUGUCGUCUCCGUUGACAGACUUUUAGUAGGUUCACGUUUUACGAU